CGCUAUGAUGGCUUCGUCACAAUGGAUCUGGAUUUGGCUCACACUCUAUGUCUUCUUCUCCUUCGCCGACCCCUCAAUCUUCUUCUUCUACAAUCUGGCCGUCUCCUACACAUUCGUCGUCUUCUUCCGAAGGCGAUGAACCCUGCCCUGAUGACUCUGACUCUAGUGCUGUCCCGAAACCAUCUGGAAGUGGAAGUUCCACCGGAGAUGAUCUCGUCGUUGACCUUCUGCCGUUGACAGAAGCUGACGUCAACCUUGGAACCGGUCUAGAUGAAGCAGUUGCUGGUCUUGCUGGCGGCGUCGGACUGGGGCCUAUCAUUCAUUUAGGUCACCUCGUUAGCGCGAAGCGCGAUCAAGACUGUGACUGUGAAGAUGGUAGUGGAUCUUCUUCCUCGUACCAUCCUCCUCCUCCCAGUCCUUCUACCCCUUCAACUGGAGCCGGAUCCGAAUCGACAUCCACUUGCCCCUCCGGCCCAAAAUCUGUUAGUGCUCAGUCGCCCGGAAGCUCCUCUGGCAGCGACAUUGUUGCGGACCUUUCGCCUUUGGCCAAGGCCGAUGUCAACCUAGGGCCUGGAUUAAACAGUGCGACGACGGGAACGGCUCAAGGUCUUGGAUUAGGAGAGGUUAUAUAUCCUGGCCACUAUGUCAAUGGGAAACGCGAAGACUGUGACGGAAACGGUUUGUCUGGGUCGUCUAGUUCCCCUCCUCCUCCUCCUCCGUCUUCUUCUGGCGACGAACCUUGCCCUGAUGACUCUGGCCCCGUCCCUUCGACUGGCAGCGGAAACUCAUCUGGUAAUGACAUUGUUGUAGACCUCUCGCCUCUGGCUGAGGCUGAUGUCGACCUUGGGCCUGGAUUGAACAGUGCUACAACGGGACUGGCUAAAGGUCUAGGAGUGGGACAACUCAUCUACCCUGGACAUCUCGGUAAACGCUGAACGCGAUUGAGAUUUAUAAUUUACUUCACGUAUUCUGCUUUGAGAUUCCGAAUCAUCCCCGGUUCUGGUACCUUGGACUCGUUUUCUGAGUGGUUUUCCCUCAUGUUCUCCUGUUUUUUUCUUGUAGUUUCUUUGUCGUGUUCUUCCCUUUUGUAAAAUUUCUCUGUGUCCAUUGUAGAAUAUCUGACUAGCUAGCUUGCAUCGAUACUCUUGUGCAUGUAAUUGAACCAACUUUUACCCUGUGUUAAUUCCGUAACGUAGGGCCACUGCGCCGGGGCCACCUAAGUGCUGUAAAAACAUAUUUGCAUUUAUGGA